UUUAAAAGAGCGUCUAUGAAAAGAUUUGGGAGGAUUCUUCCACCAUCGGGCAGCCUAAGUGGCCAGGCGUGGAGCUUGGGCGGAGGAGGAGGAGAGGCAGAGGGAGGAGCAGCAGGGGGUCAGGCUGGAGCAGGGCUCUACUACGAGGACUUUAGCUAGUCGGUUCCAAAGCAGCACGAGGCGAGCAGGACGGUCCAGCAGCCGUGGUGAGAUGCUGAGCUAGAGGAGGCAGAACGCGAAGAUUUGGAGAGCGUUCCCACAGACGGACACCACCGCACUCUUUUAUGGCCCGUGAGCAGAUAGCAGUCCUGAUGCAGUCUGAGACCCUGAGACCCGUGUGGGCGUGAGAGCUGGCUCCAGGGGGCCCGAUGGCGGCGGCGAAGGAGGAGGAUCCCCACUUGGGCUCCGGCCCCGACCCGGAGGUGUCUGAGGUGUCCUUGUCUGGGGACAGCGGGGACUCGGGGAGCGUCCUGUCAGAGGACUCCAUCCUGCCAGACUACGAGCGCGAGGAGCAGAAUGGAGGCCCCAUCAACACCCUGUACCAGGCCUGUUCUAGGAACGCAGCUGCGUCCCUGCGCAGGAUACUGGAGAGGGGAGUCACGCGCGAAGAGGUCAUGGAACUGGACAUCAACGGCAGGAAUGGCCUGAUGCUGGCUGUCUCUAAAGGCUUUGUGGACAUUGUGAGUGGACUACACACAUGUCCCUUUGUUGACAUCAACCAUCAGGACAAUGAUGGCUACACAGCUCUCAUGAUCGCAGCGCAAGCAGGCUUUGUGAACAUUCAGAACUACAUCCUAAACUACUACUCUGGAGUGGACCUGGAGCUGACGGACACCCGCGGCUUCACCGCACUCAUCAAGGCUGCUAUGCAGGGCAACAAUGACUGUGUGGCUUCCUUGCUGAUGGCGGGUGCAGACAUAAAUGCAGUGGAUGUCAGGCGAGGGAAGGACGCCCGAGACUGGGCCCUUAAAACUGGCCGCUUCGAGACCUUGAGCCGCAUCCGGCGGCUAAACGCCAGGCCCUGCGCUGAGCAGUUCUGCGAGAGCUUCGUACCCGAGUGGCCGGACCUCAAGGACCUGGUGGCAAAGGCCACGGCCACCAAGAGUGCUGGCCAGAAGGUGGCCCACCGGCUCAAGUCCACCUUCAGCUUCAGCUUCCCCCAGGACCCUCAGGACAAUGGCGUGCUGGACCACAUGGUGCGCAUCACCACGAGCAUCCACAGCCCCCUGGUGGCUACGGGCUGCCGGCCACUCUGUCCCACCAGCCCGCCCCAGAUCGGCAAGCGGCGCAUGGCUGUGCCUGAGCUGAUGGAGAAGCACCCGGGCCGCGAGCUUGAGGAGCGCAGCGUGCGCCACAGCAACGGCUCCGUGUCCUCGGCCUCGCCGUCCGUGGCCUCCACCUCGUCCGUCUCCCUGGCGUCCUGCUGCUCGGACGCCGACCACCGCGGCAGCAUCAUCUCCAACGGCGUCAACAAGUUCAUUCCGCGGAGCAUGAGCCGCCGGAACAGCGUGUUCCCCGCCGGCUGCAUCCCCCAGAUCAAGGUCACCAAGUCGAGCGAUCCCACCCCCAAGAAGGAGAAGAAGAGGAAGAGGUCCAAGAACCCAGGCCACCUGGAGCCGCCCAUCUGGAAGUACAAAGAGGCCAAGGAGGAGAGGAAGAAGGAGAAGAAGAGACUGGAGAAGGAGAAGGGGGACAAGGACAAGACGAAGAAGAAAAAGUAAAUGGACAUCGGUCAGAGACUUCAGCCGUGGUGUUGAGUGUGUGCUCAUAGUCCCCACGGGCAUUUGAAUCAACACUUCCACACCAGCACACAGGGUUGGCAUCAGGGUUGAUUGACUGUGUCCAUGAUGUAUGGUCUCUGACAGCCAUGCUUACAGCCCUGCACUUACAUGUCCACUAUUACGUGGAUAUUGACUUUCAAGUGCACUGAUGCUGACUUUGUGACACUUAGUCUUCCUGUAUGGUUUUUGAGAGCAUCAGUAAGUGUUGGUAAAUAAUGUCCACUGAUCUGAAACUUAUGAGCCCAUUUCCAAAGAAUUUUGUAAAUUCUUCUUACAUGGGCCUGUGUUGACCUUAUGCAGAUAAAUUAUGUGAUGUACAGUAUGUACAGUAACUAUGAAGUUGAAAUGAAGCUCCUUGCUCCCUUUGAGCCAAAGACAACUUGCUAGUCAUAAGUUUCUACUGUACAUAUAUUUUAGGCAAAGAAAGUGUCAGGAUUCCCAUACUAACUGUCCACUCUGUUCACCAAGCUAGCAAUAGGAGGCUUUUGCCAACUGUUGAUUGUGGAUUAACAGUGGCUACCAUAUGGUCUCUACUAAUCACCCUUGGCUGUGUAGCACGUUUCUGUGAAUGGAAUGAUGUGAAACACAUUACAGUUGUAAUUUUCAUGUCUGUGGACUUCUGAAGAGACUUUUGUUUAUUUGUUUUCUCUCUCUAAUGCCCAUCUGGGGUUUACGUUUCAACUGUAUGGGAAAAUGAUUUCCCUUCUUUGCCAUCGAAAGGACUUUUUAGAUGAGUGCUUUAAUUUCAAUCGAAGGAUUUACACCAUCUUUGUAUACUACCGAAGGGAUAAUAAUGGUGUACCGCACCAGACUAAGUCACACUGACAUAGUUGUUUCACAGUGCAUAGGUACUUAAUGCAUGUAACCCUUUAUGCAAUGACUUUCAACUAUGCCUCUUCAAAGUGCUGCACUAUGCCCAGAAUUGCAAGAACAAAUAUUAGUUCAUCUGAAAUGAUACUUGAGCCAAACUGUGACAAUUGUAUUUACCUCUGUACAGUAUAUUACUUAUAUUACAGUUAUUUAGUCUACAGUUACAGAGUAGCAUCUUGCACUUGAACAUAAAAUCUGAAGUACAUUGGGUUAAAUAAAAAUGAA